AUGGACCUAUCUGCUAUGGGAUUCCCAGGGGCCUUGCCCGACUGGAGUAACCUCAACGUCCUGCACCGCAACACCCUCCCAGCCCGAGCCCACUUCUACACCUACCCAAACCAAGACUCAGCUCUCACCUUCAACCGCGAGCAAAGCUACUUCCAUAGCCUCAACGGAACAUGGAAAUUCCACUACGACCCCAGUCCCCUCGACGCCCCAAUCUGGCAAACCGCCAACACCAGCUCAUGGGCUGACAUUCAAGUCCCUGGCAUGUGGCAGCUCCAAGGCUACGGGCAUCCUCACUAUACCAACAUCGACUAUCCCUUCUCCGUCACUCCUCCCAAUGUGUCUUAUGUCAAUCCCACUGGGUCUUACUGGCGACAGUUUGACGUACCUGAUGAAUGGGAUGGUGAUCAGGUCAGACUGCGAUUUGAGGGUGUUGAUAGUGCGUUUCAUGUUUGGGUUAAUGGCGAAGAGGUUGGGUAUGGACAGGGGAGUCGUAAUCCGAGUGAGUUUGACAUUACGGAUUAUCUGUCUCCUGGUCAGGCGAAUGAUCUUGCUGUGAGGGUUUAUCAGUGGUCUGAUGGUUCUUAUAUCGAGGAUCAGGAUCAGUGGUGGCUGUCUGGUAUCUUUCGCGAUGUUUACCUCAUUCCCUUCUCUGAAUCGUCUAUCGUUGACUUUCAGAUUGACUCUGAACUGAGUGACUCUUUUGAUGAGGGGUUGUUCAAAGUCAAUGUUACGAUUCAAGGAAAAGAGGGCGACCUUGCCAUCAACUUGCUCUCACCUAAUGGUUCCGUUAUUGAUGAAUGGAAAGGAUCGUCUUCGGAUAAUUACGAGAAGAAUCUGUCUGGAGACGACUUUAAUAUCUGGUCUGCGGAAACGCCAAACUUGUACACCUUGCUCAUCACCUUCAACGGCCGAACCAUCAGCCAGAAAGUUGGCCUUCGGCGCGUUGAGAUCAAGGGAUCCAACUUUUACGUCAACGGAAAGCCUAUCAUCAUAUACGGAGUCAACAGGCAUGAGCAUCAUCAUCUUACCGGGCGCACAAUCAGCUACGAAAACAUGCGAAAGGACUUGUUACUCAUGAAGCGAUCCAACAUCAAUGCAAUUCGCACAGCUCAUCAGCCUCCCCACCCUGACUUUUUCGACGUGGCCGAUGAGCUCGGCUUCUACGUCAUUGCAGAGUCUGACCUCGAAUGCCAUGGCUUUGGUGGUAUUGAGGAGACAGAGGAAGAAGCUGCUGAGUGGCUCUCCAAUAAUCCUGAUUGGGAAGAAGCUUAUGUCGAUCGUGCUCGUCAGCUGGUGGAACGUGUCAAGAAUCACGCAUCAGUUAUUAUCUGGUCUCUUGGCAAUGAGUGCUUUUACGGUCGGAACCACGCUGCCAUGAGCAAAUGGAUCAAAGAGAGAGAUCCAAGUCGGAUUAUUCACUACGAACAGGAUCGUAACGCUACGUCGACAGAUAUGUACAGUCAAAUGUACAGCACGCCCGAUGAUGUGAGGGAGUUUAUCAAGACACAUACCGACAAGCCAAUUUUGUUGUGUGAAUAUGCUCAUGCCAUGGGCAACGGACCAGGUGGUCUUGUAGAGUACAUCGAUCUCUUCAGAACCGAGCCACUCUCCCAAGGAGGCCUUGUCUGGGAGUGGAGCAAUCACGGACUUCUCAAGAAGGAAGAGAACGCUACAUACUACGCUUAUGGAGGGGACUUUGGAGACGAGCCGAAUGAUGGGGACUUUAUCAUGGACGGUCUUGUGCUGUCUGACCACUCGCCCAUGCCAUCGCUGAAGGAGUACGCCAAGGUCAUCCAGCCUGUUUCGGUGAAGCUGUCAAAGAACGGCAGUGCAAUGACUGUUAUCAAUCACUAUGACUUCUCUGACUUGAGUCAUCUUGAUGUUUCGUGGCAUGUUGUCGCGGAUGGUCUCAAGACUGAGUCUCGUCCACUCGACCUUCCGAGAGUACCUGCUGGAGAAAAUAGGACCGUGGCACUACCUUCGGGUCUGAACCUCACGCAAGAUGAGGCAUGGAUCGCAGUUGAGUUCAAGCUGAAGGAAGACAAUCUCUGGGCUCCUAAGGGCCACGUUAUUGCUUGGGAUCAACUUCACAUCCAACGUCCCAGCGUCGAGAAGCGAGACAUGUCGCUGGUCCGCCGUCAAGACAGCGGAGAGUUCCAGAAAAACGGGACUAAGCUCCUCUAUAAGAGCGGAGACUCCUCGUUUGGCUUUGAUCUGUUGCAAGGUAACGCGACUUGGAACAUCAACGGCGUCGACAUCUUCCAACGUGGCCCUGAACUCUCAUUCUACCGUGCUCUCACACAGAACGACGCAGCAUCUUCAGGCGAUGGCCCAAUCUGGGAACAAGAAAAGAUCCCAAUGAUCUACCCACAAGUACGCGACGUCACCUGGCGGGUCGAUGAUGACGGCGCAGUGGUACACUACAAAGUCUGGGUUGGCGUCAAGACCCGUGCUUGGGGCGUCGAGGCAGACAUGAUUUACAGGAUCCCUACCAGCGGACCUCAACUCCAACUCGAAGUUCGAGGUGAAUUCGUUGGCAAGAAUGAGUCGCAUGUCAUUCCCCGCAUUGGCCUCAUGGCUGUUCUACCUGAGUCGUUUGACGAUGUAUCAUGGUUCGGCCGAGGACCUGGAGAGAGCUACAAGGACUCCAAGCAAGGGUCCCGCAUGGGGCAGUAUAGCUCCACAGUACCGGACUUGUUUACGUAUUAUGAUUAUCCUCAAGAGAAUGGCAAUCGGGAAGAUUUGCGCUGGCUGAAGAUUGGAAAUAAGGACGUUACGCUUGAUGCGCGACGAACGGGGAGUGAGCCGUUUAGUUUCACGGCUCGGAGGUACAUGCCAUUUGACUUGGAUGACGCACAGCACCCGCAUGAUUUAAAGCCGUUGAAUAUGACGGUUCUGCAUCUUGAUUACGAUAACAAUGGCCUUGGAUCAGCUACGGUUCGGGUCCGACCGUUUGAGAAGUACAGGUGCUACACCAAGCCAUUCAACUUUACCUUCAACUUCAACAUAGUCUAG